AUGGUGAAACUCCGCAAGGAAGAGUACACUGUGUUCUGGAUCUGCGCCUUGCCAAUUCCAGAAUGGCAAGCAUCAAGAGAGCUGUUUGACGUGCAACACGAAGACGCCUCCCUCGGAUCUAUCGUCGUCAGCUACCAGUAUGUGUUUGGGGAAAUCAACGGCCACAAUGUGGUCAUGGGAUGCCUCCCGGACGCCCAACCAGGCGUUGGUUCCGCAGCCUCCGUGGCUACAGAAAUGCGUGCGGUCUUUCCAUCCUUGCGCUUCGGAGUUCUUGUAGGAAUUGGAGGCGCUGUUCCCAGCAAGGACCAUGAUAUUCGUCUAGGCGACGUCGUGGUCAGCCGAAUCAACAAAGACGGUCGGCAUGGCGGAGUAAUACAUUAUGAUUAUGGCAAAUACGUCCAAGGGGGCGAAUUUCAGGAAACUGGAAUGCUGAACAAGCCGCCAAUAAUCUUGUCCUCUGCACUAAGCAAGAUCCGAUCGGCUCCUCCUACCAGUAGCAAGUUCUACGAAUACCUCGAGUCGUUUCAGAAGUGUGCAGACUACGCCCCGCAAUUUUCGUCGCCACCAAAGCUGGACCAGCUUUUUGAGGCGACCUAUGAUCACCCUGCCAAGGAGUUGACUUGCAGCAAUUGCAGCAUUCACAAACUCGUGAGGCGACCUGAGAGAAAAGAGAUGACGUGUAGCGAAUGCAGUUCACAACGCAUUCCGCAGCGACCGGGACGCUUGCGACAUCCAGUCCAUGUCCACUAUGGAACGAUAGCCUCGGGCAAUCAAGUCAUCAAAGAUGCCCUCCGACGAGAUCUUAUCAAAAAGACCCAUGAGGAUGUGCUGUGUUUUGAAAUGGAAGCAGCCGGCCUGAUCGAUCACUUACAGUGUAUCGUCAUCAGGGGAAUCUCUGACUAUUGUGAUUCACACAAGAACAAGUCGUGGCAGCCCUUCGCCUCCGCCACUGCUGCUGCAUGGGCGAAAGAGUUACUGCGGAACAUCGCACCAGCAGACGUGGCAAAGCUUGACACCGUCGCGGAAACAUCACAGGGGGCUGCACCAAAGACUACGAUCAUGCUGCCGUAUGGAAGAGACAAGCAUUUCGUGGGGCGCGAGGCUGUCUUCACAGAAUUGGAUCAUGCCCUUGCCGACGAUAGCGUGCACUCAAGAAUUGGAGUUGUUGGCCUUGGAGGUGUCGGCAAGUCUCAAGUUGUGACUGAGUAUGCCUACCGACUCCAACAAAGCCAGCCUAAUACUUCCAUUUUCUGGGUCCACGCAAGCAGUCGGGAGCGGUUUCGAAACGACUAUCAAUCUAUUGCGACAAAGCUACAGCUACAAGGCUUUGACGACCUUAAAGCUGAUCAUCUGGGCAUCGUUUUCGACUGGCUUCAAAGCCCUGCAAGCGGAAGAUGGAUGAUGAUACUCGACAACGCUGACUCAAAGGACCUUACUGCUAGUUGGCAUUCGGCACUCUCAACGGACAACGACUUCACUAUUCCGACGUAUCUACCUAGGAAGGCUGGGAGCGCCGUCCUUGUGACAUCUCGAGACAGCCAAGCUGCAUUCGAUCUUGUUGGCGACAAGGAGCGAAUAAUCAAAUUGGAAGCCAUGACUGAAGACGAAGCCGUGCAGCUUUUCCGGACGAAGACCAAGCUGCUAGAAUGGGACCAGGUUCAAGCACAUCGCCUUUCAGUGCAACUGGAUUGCAUACCCUUGGCGAUAACCCAAGCCGCGGCGUACAUCAUGGCUCGCGAGAGAAUGACCAUUGCUGCGUACUUGGAGCUGUUCCAGCACGACGAAGAGCGCUUGCUGAGCACCAGUGAGAACGACCUGCGAAGAGACGUGAACAUCCCAAACGCCGUCAUCAAAACUUGGGAAAUCUCAUUUCAUCAGAUCCAGAGAAUCGACGAGGCUGCAGUCGAACUGCUCUUUAGGAUGUGCUUCCUAAGCAGAGAAGGCAUGCCCGUAUCAAUGCUAGAGAAAGCUAGCUCCUCUCGCCAGCAAUUUGAUGAAGCUUUGGAAACCCUAAUGCGGUUUUCUUUUGUCGAUGCUCACUCGAACGAGCCCGAACUGCUCAAGAUGCAUCGCUUGGUUCAACGUGCGACAAAGACUUGGAUUCAGAUCAAGCACGAGUUAUCUACCUGGUGUUUCGAGUCGCUCAAGCUAGUGUGGAUAAAAUACCCGGACGAUGAGUUCAAGGAUUGGGAGGCCUGUAAGCGUUUGGAGCCGCAUGCCGAGAGCGUGGUCGAGUCAUCUUUACAACAUUGGCUGGAAGCUGCUCAAUCGAUUACAACACCUUUGCCUCUAGAAUACAGUGUCAGCGCAACCCGCGGGAACUACGACACGCCUUAUUCGCCCAUGAAUGCGCUGAUGAUGCGAGCUGGACUCCUUCUGAGACGAGCGAAGUAUGCCCACCGACAGGCUCGUCUCACCAAAGCAAUUGAUAUGGCCCAACGAGCAAAGAGCGACUCGGAAUCAACUUUCGGCCAUCAUCAUACCCAUACACUGAGUAUCGGUAGUUUUCUGGCAGUAUCUUACCUCCACGCCGGCCAGUUGCAGCGCGCAGAGCGCUUGAGUGCAGAGAUUGUCGAAGUACAAAGAGCUAUUCAUGGCGAUGAACAUCCCGACACUCUGAUCACGCUAUGUACUCUUGCAAUGGCGCACCGUGAGCUCGAGAAUCUUGACAAGGCCGAGGAGAUUCUUACCAGCGUUAUUUGGAUGCACGAGUGCGGCCUAGUCACUGAUGAGGAGUCCCUGGUCAUGGCCAGGAACGAUUUGGCUAUCGUCUAUGGCGACCAGGGUCAAUGGAAGAAGAAGCAACACCUUGAGCAGGCAAAUCUGCGCAUUCUGUUGGCACGAAAAGGACGUCAGCAUCCGGACACGCUGGGAAUCCAGCACAAUUUGGCUGUUUCAAUGCUGAACCUGGGUCUUUACAAAGAAGCUGCGUCCCUAUUUCAAAAGGUAGUAGAAGGCAAGACACAGGUAUAUGGCAAAGCCUACCCAGGAACGCUCAUCAGCAUGGGACAUCUUGCGAACGCUUACUGGUGCCAAGAUCGACAGUCUGAAGCGUACCGUCUCCAACAACGAAUCCUGGAUCAGCGUCAAGAGAGCAACCUUGCUGAGGACCAUCCAACUGUGUUGAGAUGUAUGAGCGACGUGGCCCUCUACUACCACAAUCAAGGUCGUUUGGAAGACUCGCAUCGCUUGCAGCAGGAGGCAUUCGUCUUGCACCAGAGAACUCUCGACGAUGACGCUUGCGGGAAGCACAUUAAGCAAGAAAGACAAGAGAGGUUUCUUGUUUGUCAAGAAAGGCUAUCCACAGUCCUUUGGGGCCUGAACCGGUGCUGGGAAGCCAGGUCAAUGCUGAAAAGCUGCCUCGAGAAGAGAGACAAAAUCUUCGGCCACGAUCAUCCUUCCACCGUCCAAUGCCGGGAGCAUUUAUCGAAAUGGGUUUCCCAGCUUGAGCCAGAGCCAGAUGUUUGGGGGGCUAUUCUGAGAGUGAGAGAAUCGCUUCUUGCUGAAAACCAAGCUGCCCGCCAAGAAAAGGAAGUGUCUACCAAAGCCCACGUCUGGAAAGCCAUUCUUAGAGUCAGGGAAUCGUUGCGCAGAGAGAGGCAGGCCACUGUCGUUUUGGAUGCCAGUCCCCCAGCCAUGGUUCUAAGCUCCGCCGAGAAUUACAUUGAUGCGGACGUGGACGAUGUGCACGAGGUACCUGUUCCGUUCGAGCUCUGGGAACCAGACUCCGAAGACGAGACUCGGGAUGCAUAG